AUGUUGGAAACUACCGAAAAGCAGCGAGAAGCUCGUAGGUUCUGCAUGCUGAUAGCUCAUACAGGCCGAUUAAUCUCGGGGUCCGGACCCUUCCAAAUACAGAUAGCUACUAGAGAUCAGGAACUGUCAGAAUCCGGAGUUCUCAGAGAAUCCCCCAAGAGGCUUCACCCCUCGAAACAGUGUAAACCAAGUAAUUCACAGCCUCCUAACCCACCUAAACUUCCGAACCCCACACCAUUUUCACCAUCAAAGCCUACCAAAAUUCCAAUUAAAUGUAAAAAUAACAACCGAAAACCAAAACUUUUUCCACUACCUGUAUCUAACCCCAUACCUUUCAAGUCGGUUGUGAUCGAGGGAGAUAGCCACGUCUGCCACAUCGCUGGAAUGACAUCCCAGCUCCUCUCUCAACGCGUUUCUGUGACAGGGGUCUGCAAGCCUGGGGCGAGGCUGCUUCAGAUCACCUCAUCCCAACCUCAGCCGGUGACGAGAGGGAUUCGAUGCAGCGUCCUGAUCGCCGGAACCAAUGACCUUGCGGCCGGGGAGCAGCGGAAUAUAUACGACAACCUGGAGAAGAGGAUCACGUCCGUAGCUUCUCAUAACAGGCUGAUUGUCGCCACGCUGCCCCAUCGCCACAACUUGCCCUCUACGCACGAUAUUAACCAGCACACCGCCCUCGUGAAUGCUUACAUAGAAGAACUGGCUGCUAGGCACCACAUCUCUGUCCUAGCUAUGAACAGACUGCAGCGGAAGCACUUCACGAGGCACGGGAUGCAUCUCCACACUAGAGAGAAGUGGCAGCUGGCCAGACUCAUCGUGGAGGCUCUUGGCGGGUUGAGCGCCUCGACUGCUGCGGCCAAGAAGGCUGAGGUUGCUCCUGACACCCGCACUGCCGUCCCACCACUGCUGCCGCCGCCGCCGCCGCCACCACCGUCACUGCCGCUGUCACUGCCACCGCCGACGCCACCACCGUCACUGCCGCCGCCGCCACCACCGUCGCUGCCGCCGCCACCGUCACUGUCGCCGUCACUACCGCCGCCUCCGCCACCGUCUCUGUCGCCGUCACUGCCACCGCCGCCGCCACCAUCACCGUCACUGCCACCGCGAACCGACUCUAUACAGUUGACUCCAGAGCCCCCGAUGCCGACUAUAUCUUGUGACGACGCCACGAAGGAAGAUCGAAGAAACGGCCCUGUUGUCCAUUCUGCAGCUUCAAAUUUACAAGAGCAAAGAAUUGAGACUGCUUUUUUAGGGACCCCUCUUUAA